UCCCUCUCUGUGUGUCUGCCCCCUCUCUCCAUCCCUCCUCUCUCUCUGUUUCUUCUAACCCUAACAUUUUUUUUCUUUCCAUCUUUAUUCUUUCACAGUAUAGAGAAAUGUUUUUUAAAUGAAUUCGUGUCUGUCUCUGAAUUGCCCAAUCUUUUGGUAUCAUUGUGCAACUCAGUGGAGCUGGCAACUUCACAAAACAAACGCUAAUGGACAAAAAAGGACAGAAACGUAACAGGGAGUGAUUUCAAAACCAUGCCCUCUUCAGUCAGUGCAUUACAUUGAAAUUUUAAACACAAAAACUGUGGAGUAAAACUGCAUCAUUUAUCAAUCUCUGCUUGAGAAAUCUCCCUGGCCUUCCCAUUAGCACACCCCUCACUCUGAGUAAUUUCCCUGGUCUGCUUUACUUUCACUUUCAUCUUCCUAAACAUUGCUCUUUUGCUGAGCAAACUCCUCCUAAAGUCUCAGGAAACUCUCAACAUCUAGGUUCUUGCUGGUACUUACCACAGCGCCUGUGAGAGGGGACAGAGCUCUCAGCAGCCAGACUGCCGCAAAGCUCACAGGCAUUCAGCGUUUCACACAGGAGCUUUCCUCACCACACUAAAGGCUUUUGCUUCAGAAAGUGUGGUCCGACCUAUCUUCUCCUUGGAGACAAAAGAAGGCCUGAAGAUGGCCCGAGAGAUCCACAUGUCGGAACCCAUGUGCCUCAUUGAGAACACUGAGGCUCAGCUAGUGGUCAACCAGGAGGCUCUGAAGAUCCUGAAAGCCAUCCAGCAGCCUGUGGUGGUGGUGGCGAUCGUGGGCCUCUACCGCACAGGAAAAUCAUACUUGAUGAACAAGCUGGCUGGGAAGAAAACAGGCUUCUCUCUGGGUUCCACAGUGCAAUCUCAUACCAAGGGGAUCUGGAUGUGGUGUGUGCCUCAUCCUAAGAAGGCAGGGCAAACCCUAGUUCUGCUGGACACUGAGGGCCUUGAAGAUGUUGAGAAGGGAGACAACCAGAAUGACAGCUGGAUCUUCGCCCUGGCAGUCCUCCUCAGCAGCACCUUCAUCUACAACAGCAUAGGAACCAUCAACCAGCAGGCCAUGGACCAGCUGCACUACGUGACAGAGCUGACUGAUCUAAUCAAAUCAAAGUCAUCACCUGAGCAGAGUGGCGUAGACGACGCUGCUGAGUUUGUGGGCUUCUUUCCAGUCUUUGUGUGGGCUCUGAGAGAUUUCUCCCUGGAGCUGGAAGCUAAUGGAAAACCUAUCACUGCUGAUGAGUACCUGGAGAAUUCGCUGACCCUGAAAAAAGGAGAUGAUAAGAAAACUAAAAGCUUUAAUGAGCCUCGACUCUGCAUCAGGAAGUUCUUCCCAAAGAGGAAGUGCUUCAUCUUUGACAGGCCUGCUCCGAGGAAAUACCUUUCCAAACUCGAGACGAUGAGGGAGGAGGACCUGAGUGGCGAAUUUGUAGAACAAAUUGCAGAAUUCACUUCAUACAUCUUCAGCUAUUCUAGUGUCAAGACUCUGUCUGGUGGCGUCAUAGUCAAUGGGCCACGUCUACAGAGCCUGGUGCUGACCUAUGUCAAUGCCAUCAGCAGUGGAGAACUACCCUGCAUGGAGAAUGCUGUCCUGACUUUGGCCCAGAUAGAGAACUCAGCUGCUGUGCAAAAGGCCAUUGCCUACUAUGAAGAAAAGAUGACUCAGAAGGUCCAGCUGCCCACGGAAACCCUCCAGGAGCUGCUAGAACUGCACAGGCCCAUUGAGAGUGAGGCCAUUGAGGUCUUCAUGCAGAAUUCUUUCAAGGAUGUAGACCAAAAGUUCCAGAGGGAAUUAGGGAACCUAAUAGUAGCAAAGCGAGACGCCUUUAUUCAGAAGAACAUAGACGUGUCAUCAGCUCGUUGCUCAGAUUUGCUGGAGGAUAUUUUUGGACCUCUGGAAGAAGAAGUGAAACAGGGGACAUUUUCUAGACCGGGUGGUUAUUACCUCUUCCUUCGAAAGAAACAAGAGCUGGAGAAGAAGUAUAACCAGGCUCCUGGAAAGGGGCUCCAGGCAGAAGAGAUGCUGAAAAAGUACUUACAGUCCAAGGACAAUGUGGCUGAAACUCUUCUACAGGCAGAUCAGUCACUCACGGAAGCAGCAAAGGAGGUUGAAGCGGAGCGGAUAAAGGCUGAAGCUGCUGAAGCUGCAAAUAGAGAGUUAGCAGAAAAGCAAAAGGAAUAUGAGCUGAUGAUGGAGCAGAAGGAAAAGAGUUACCAGGAGCAUGUGAGACAGCUGACGGAGAAGAUGCAGCAGGACCAGGAACAGUUAUUAGCAGAACAGGAAAGAAUCAUAGCCCUUAAACUUCAGGAACAAGAACGAUUUCUCAAGGAAGGAUUCCAGAACGAGAGCAGGAAACUUCAGCAAGAGAUUAACAGCAUCAAGCAUAGGCAAGGAGGUGGAAAAUGCACCAUACUCUGAAGGUUCGAGACCCAAACAUCUCUUCCCAGCUUCUACAUCCCAUAAUAUGCCGACUGAGCACCUUCAGGCUUUGACACAACUAUUACUAAACUCAACUCAAAAUUCCAUGUAACUCCAGUCUGUGAUCGCUGUAGAAGUGGAGGUUCAGCCAUCUAUGUUUUAUACCUCCUCCUGGCCUGUGUCAUGCCCAGACCACAAAUGUUUCUCCUUUAUAAUCUUAAGUUUUCCUCUUUCCUACAGUAGAGCUUCGGCAAUCACAGAGCAGGCAACUUUUUAACUAACUUCCAAAAUGAUUUCCUUUUCAUCUCUCUGAGGACUCUGAUGUUUUACUACAGUUCUUCAAAACCUAAACCCUAUCUCCAUUUUCCCUUUUAACUCCCUGCUGUGAUGUUAUGUCUUGAAAUCUCUCAGGAUAAAUGUCUUGGUAUAAGCUUACAGGAACACAAUAUUUUUGAAUAAAAAUUAAUAACUCACUGAAAA